AUGGACCGGACCUAUGCGGAAGCUAUCAAUAUCCUUGAGAGUCGGAGACGGUCAGUAAGACCGGAAACGAGCCAUGCCACCAACCUGCUGUCAGAGUCGCUACCCAAGCUCGAGGCAGGUUCGCCACGCUUGAAGGGUGUACCCAGCAUCGAUGGGAUGGCAGAGUGGCUGCAGCAGAUAGGGCAUUCGGCUUCCGAACUCAGCAAGCUCAACAUCAUUCACGUUGCAGGCACCAAAGGCAAAGGUAGCACUUGCUCCUUCACAGAAUCUAUCCUGCGAGCUCACGGAAGAAGAACCGGCUACCCUCGCAAGACCGGUCUUUAUACGUCGCCGCAUCUCAUUGUACCCGAGGAACGAAUUCGCAUAAACUCUAAGCCUCUAAACGGGACACUGUUCGCCAAGUACUUCUUCGAGCUGUACGACUGUCUGCCGCAGCUUCAAGCCCCUCUCGACCCAUCUAGGCCAGUUCUUCAGCGGGGACCACGUUAUUUGCAGCUGUUUGCACUACUAGCCUUCCAUGUCUUCCUCCGCGAGCAAGUAGACGUAGCGAUUGUCGAAACACAUGCUGGCGGUGAGUACGAUGCUACUAACGUGAUACGAAAACCUGUUGUCACGGCUAUUACGACGCUAGGCUUAGAUCAUGCGGCGAUGCUGGGAAGCACGCUCGACUCAAUUGCAUGGCAUAAAGCCGGCAUCUUCAAGGCGGGUGCUACGGCUUUGACUGUCACGCAGGAUGAUAUGGCUGCCAGUGCUCUACGAAAGCGAGCAGCAGAGAAGGGGGUAGAUUUGCGUGUUGUGGAAAGGGAUGACAGGUUGCCGCAGAAUGCGACACAGCUUUGUCCGAGCGUGCAGCGGACGAAUGGUUCUCUUGCCGUUGCAGCCGCCGAAGCAUGGUUGAGUCGCAACGCGCCAUCCCAGGGAUUGACCGCAGACGACGUGCGGAAAGGUGUUGAGCAGUGGACAUGGCCCGGACGCUUUCAGGUUGUUCGGCAUGGUCUUAACACAUGGUUCCUGGAUUCCGCCCACAACGAGAUGAGUGUCCGCAUUGCUGCUCAAUGGUACGCAGAAGCAGCUUCCGCGGCGUCAAAGCAAAGCUCGAAGACAGCCCGAGUCUUGGUCUUCGCUCAUAUCAACGAGCUAAGAGACUCGACUGCGCUAUUGGCCAGCCUUGCCCAAGCUCUGCGGGAUACCGAAGCCAGCAUACGGCAUGCUAUCUUCACUACCUAUCCUGAAGUAUCUGGUGGCGAGGGCUGUUCCGGAGACGAAACGCUCGCCUUGUUCGAACCGGUCUGGCGCCAGUACCAUCCAGAGGGCGAAGUGACGUUCCAUUCAACAGUGAGACAGGCUCUUGAAGCAGCAAAGCGACAAGGAGACCAAUACGACGAGGUGCACACACUCAUUACUGGCAGCCAGCAUCUUGUGGGACCCGCGCUCAAGAUGCUGCAAGAGGAAGGAUGA